GCCCCGGUGUCCGCCCCGCCGUGUCCGCCCACGCCAUGGCCGCCCGUUACCUCCGCGCUGCCCCGGCGCUCGGCCGCCUGCCCCGCCGCCCGCCGCCCGCCGCCGGCGCGGGGCAGCGCCGCCACUAUGCCGACAGGCGGAUCAAGGUGGCAAACCCGGUGGUGGAGAUGGAUGGGGACGAGAUGACGCGGAUCAUCUGGGCCUUCAUUAAGGAGAAGCUCAUCCUGCCCAACGUGGAUGUCCAGUUAAAAUACUUCGACCUGGGGCUGCCACAUCGGGACAAGACGGACGACCAGGUCACCAUUGACUCAGCGCUGGCCACCCAGAAGUACAGCGUGGCUGUCAAGUGUGCCACCAUCACGCCUGAUGAAGCCAGGGUGGAAGAGUUCAAACUGAAAAAGAUGUGGAAGAGCCCCAACGGCACCAUCCGAAACAUCCUGGGGGGGACGGUGUUCCGGGAGCCCAUCAUCUGCAAGAACAUUCCUCGUCUGGUGCCCGGCUGGACCAAGCCCAUCACCAUUGGCCGCCAUGCCCACGGUGACCAGUACAAAGCCACCGACUUUGUGGUGAACGAGUCUGGGACAUUCAAGCUGGUCUUCACGCCAAAGGACGGCAGCGGGUCCAAGGAGUGGGAGGUGUUCAACUUCCCUGGUGGCGGCGUGGGCAUGGGCAUGUACAACACAGACGAGUCCAUCUCUGGCUUUGCGCACAGCUGCUUCCAGUACGCCAUCCAGAAGAAGUGGCCGCUCUACCUGAGCACUAAGAACACCAUCCUCAAGGCCUAUGACGGGCGCUUCAAGGACAUCUUCCAGGAGAUCUUUGAUAAGCACUACAAGACGGAGUUUGACAAGCUGAAGAUCUGGUACGAGCACCGGCUCAUCGACGACAUGGUUGCCCAGAUGCUGAAAUCCUCCGGCGGCUUUGUCUGGGCCUGCAAGAACUACGAUGGGGAUGUGCAGUCAGACAUCCUGGCCCAAGGGUUCGGCUCCCUGGGGUUGAUGACCUCUGUCCUGGUGUGUCCGGAUGGGAAGACCAUCGAGGCCGAGGCCGCCCAUGGCACUGUCACCCGCCACUACCGGGAGCACCAGAAGGGACGACCCACCAGCACCAACCCCAUCGCCAGCAUCUUCGCCUGGACACGCGGCCUGGAGCACCGCGGCAAGCUGGACAGCAACCCUGACCUCAUCAAGUUUGCGCAGACGCUGGAGAAGGUUUGUGUGGACACAGUGGAGAGCGGGACCAUGACGAAGGACCUUGCUGGCUGCAUCCAUGGCCUUGCCAAUGUGAAGCUGAAUGAGCACUUUGUGAACACUACCGACUUCCUCGAUGCCAUCAAGAACAACCUGGACAAGGCUCUGGGCAAGAAAUAGAAGACAGCCUCCCCAUCUCUGGGAUGGAUGGGGCUGGGAAGGUCCCAGUGCCCUCCCCAGCUCCCCAUGACAGCUCAGGAACAGCUGAAUAAUUUUUCUAAAGUUUUCUUAGGGGUGUUUCUAAAGCCUUUGUAGCAGGGGAGUGUAGGGGUUGGGGGGUGUGUGAGGGUGUGUCUGUCCGUCCCUGAUUCAUGUACCCCAUACCCGUGUGGUGCCAUUAAAUACCGCCCCUGCCACGGCA